AUGAGAAAAGUAAUAGCGGCAGUCCUGAUCCUGGCCUUCCUGUGCCUAGAGUCCCAAGAAGGAUCGGCUCUCCUGCUCGACAGGGCAUGCGGAAGAUCAACUGCCUAUCUCCUAGACAUUGUCCGCCCCAUUUGCCUGCUCAUCAAUGGGACAGGGCCAGCCGUCGACCGAUUCCAUAUCACCGACUGGGGCACAACUGAAGCACGCUACCGCAUCAUCGAGCGCAUUGAUCGCCAGAAUUGCAGCUCGAAGUUCAAUAGGCAGGUGGACGAGUCCCAGAUAUGCGUCCGCAGCAACGCGUGCCUAGGGGAUUCCGGUAGCCCCAUGAGCGCGAGGACACUGCACAUGGGCAGGUAUCGCACCUUCCAGCUCGGCUUUAUCAUCUACGGCCUGAAUUCCUGUGCAGGCUUAAAUGUCUACACCAAUGUGACUUACUACAUGGACUGGAUCUUGAAUGUUCUGGAUAACUGGUCGGCAUGAGCAUUGCGCGUGGUGAUACUAGUUUUAAUUUUAAUUUAUUUUGUACGUUUAAGCUGCAGUAAAGGCAAGAAAUGUCAAUUAAAAAGUAUUAGCUACUAAUUAUGCGCAGACUCAACAGCUGAAGUGGGUGAGCUGGAAUUCGGGUGCAUUGGAAGUGGAUGAUAGUAAAACACGAGGGUGGCUAUAAUCUAAAACCAAAGUAGCUUUAUUACUGUUUUAAAACAUGUGAUCAUUUACAUUCAAUUACUUUGUCUCACCACUUCCUUCACUAAACAAAUAAACGUGGUUCUUCCGAUCGCCUUCGAGUCGGUACAGCUCCACUACCACUACCGCUACCACCAGCCCACUAGCCCAUUAGCCCACCAGACCAGCCACCAACCAAAUCGCACGAUGAAGUCGGCUCACCUGAGGAGCGAGGCUAUGUGGUGGUGGCACUUACAGGGUAUACACUGAAUUCUUAGCUUAUAUAAACGGUGAGCGCACAGAGGAAAGCGUUUUGAAAGUAUGUGAUUGAAAAUAAUCAAAAA